AUGCCGGCUACAACAUCACGAUAUACACGAGCCCCCGAGGGCCUGAACUGCCCCUCACCGCUGGCAGCGCGGGGCCUCGCACGGCCAUCCCCCCUCACCCUUGAGGUUACGGUCAAGCGCAUGCUCCCUCUCCCUCUCCUGAAGCCUAGGGUCAUGAUCUUGCCCCAUACCGACGCCAGCAUGGUUGCGCGCAUCGUUGCCCCCGCCGAGUAUCUCACUCCCAUUGACCGCAUCGAGAAGAAGCGGGCGGAGGAGCGCGAGCGCGAGGAGAAGAGGAAAUAUGAACUCUCGCAUCUCUGGUCGGCGCCUUUUAGGCACCUUGCGAGGGGACAAUGA